AUGGACCCAUCUUCGACUGAGCUCGAAUGGAUUGCGGCGUCCACCGCGUUAUUGCGGUCUCCGGACGACCUAGAGCUAUGGAAAAAGCUCACCCAAGUAUCCCUGGACAAAUUGACAAAGGCAUCCCCCGCGCAGGACGUGGCCCUUGCUCGUCAGCUGUAUGACCUGCUUCUCGAACGUUUUCCUCUAUUAUACAACUACUGGAUCCAGUACGCCGAGUUGGAGCUUCGGAUUGGCAAUACCAAGCGAGCGGAGCUGGUAUAUCGUCAAGGACUAGGUAAACUCCUGUAUUGUGUGGAACUUUGGGUUACCUUUCUCGAAUUUAAGGUGUCGACAUUAACCAAUAACCUUGACGAGUUAUUCGAGAUGUUUGAGAUGGCUCGAGGCAAGAUUGGAUACCACUACCACGCCUACGAGUUCUACCGCCUAUAUCUCGAUUUCUUACAGCAUUAUGGCUUUGAAAAACAGUACUACGUCCUAUUGCGCAUAGUGCUUGAGGUGCCAUUAUACCACUACCUGUAUUUCUUUAAAAAGUGGUUUGACACCAUCGCCCGGUUCAACCAGCUUGAAGGGACCGACCGUGAGCAUUUACUCAACUUGGUGGUGCCAGCAUCGGAGAUGGAAAAAGCCAAACGCUUCGACAACAAACAAUUGGUGAUGUACCUCAAAAAGUACUUUGUCGACAUGUACAUUGCUACUCAGUUUCGAGUGUUUGAAGUAUAUCCGCUUGAGAAAGAGCUUGAUAGACCAUACUUUGAUGUUGCCCCUCUCAGCAAACAACAGUUAGAUGCAUGGGAGGCGUAUACCACGUUCGUUGAGUUGCGAAGUACUUCAGAGGCGGCGAUCACACUUGCAUACGAAAGAGCAGUUGUGGCUACUGCCAGUUAUCCUCAACUAUGGCAUCAAUAUCUUCGGUGGACUAAAAGUCGUCAGCGGCGAAUGCAAAUAUUACGACGUGCUAUGCGAUAUUGUCGGGAUCCUGUGUUUGUCGUUAAACUAGCCGACGAGUACGCUCAAAGACAACAGUUUUUAGCCGCCCGUGAUGUCGUCGUUGAGGCAAUCGCUCACAGCUCCGACGUUCCGUUCAUGUGGUACGAACUGCUACUUCUGUUGGAAUGGAGUAUGAGCGCUAAAGACAAAGAUGCUGAGUCUUACUGGCGAGGCAUAUUUGAGGAAAUAAUUGCCACGACUAACCUGGAUUACUGGUUCAUUCAUAUGCUCAACUAUAGUGUCAGCAAAGAAACCAAAUUCGCUAUACUUGAGCAUUACGCCGCUGACUUUGGAUCGCGGCCACUUUAUCAACGAGCUCGGUCUACACUUGACGGCCCCCCAGCCCCGCCUACUUAUGAUGAAAUGAUUGCAAAAUAUCUUUAA